AAAAAUAUAACGACUUAAUAUAGUUUCUUAGAGAAGUAGGGGUAAUUUUGAAACCCUCAAUUUCUCAAAUUGUCCCCUCCCAAAGCCACACUUCUCCUCCAAUCCCAUCUUGUAGUUAUAGCUAGCUUCUCAUCUUCUUUCUCUUCAAUCUUCUUCUUCUCUCUAAACUCAAAAUCCCAUUUCAACAAAAAUUAACAACCAGAUGGAUAGAGAACAAGAAGAGAUGCAGUUUUUAGGCCCUAUUGGUAUCCUAGAAGAAUCCUACAAGACCAUCAUGUCAUGUAGAAGAGUCCUCAGCCAAAUCACCCUCUUCUUGAUCCUCCCCUUGGCCCUCCUCAUCCUCAUCCACAUCGAGGUCUCCGACGUCGUCCUCAACAAGAUCGUCAACAACGAGGUUGACCUAAGCGACGCCCAAGUCGGAAGCCCUAAAUACGACAAGCUCUCCGACCUCGUCUCCUCCGAGUGGACCUUCCUCAUCCUCUUCAAACUCGCCUACUUCACCUUUCUCCUCAUUUUCUCUCUCCUCUCGACGUCCGCCGUGGUUUACACCAUCGCGUGCGUUUACACCGCGAGAGACGUGUCGUUUAAGAAGGUCAUGAGUGUCGUCCCCAAGGUUUGGAAGAGGCUCAUGGUAACCUUCUUGUGGACCAUCCUCGCCUUCUUUGUCUACAACGUUGUGGCAACCAUUUUCCUUUUUGUUGCCGUUUUAUUUAUUUUUUCCAUAAGCUACAAGGCAGGGUUAGGGUUUAUUGCCGUUUUUUCGGUUUUAUACGUUGUGGGGUUUGUGUACUUGAGCUUGGUUUGGCAGUCGGCGAGUGUAGUAUCGGUUUUAGAAGAGGCGCGUGGGAUUCAAGCCAUGAACAAGAGUAGAGCACUACUGAAGGGAAAGGUGUGGACGGCAAUAUUCGUAUAUGGGAUUCUAACGUUGUUGAGUUUUGGGCUUCAAUACGCGUUCCAAAAGCUUGUCGUUUAUGGAGGGAGGUUUGGGAAUUUGGAGAGAGUGUUUUAUGGGAUGAUUUGUUUGUUGGUUUCGGUGAAGUUGAUAUUGUCUGCUCUUGUUAUUCAGACUGUUCUUUACUUUGUUUGCAAGUCGUAUCACCAUGAAAACAUCGACAAGUCGGCUUUGUCGGAUCAUCUUGAGGUUUAUCUUGGAGAAUAUGUUCCUCUCACGGCUAAGGAUGUCCAACUUGAACAAUAUCACGUUUGAAUUAACAAUAAUAUUGUUAUUGUUCAUCCAAUAUUAUCCAUCGGUCGAGUACUCUCUGGAAAUAUUAGUGGUACUUUCUACCAAUCAAUCAUACAAAUUAAGCUUGCUUGUUAUUUUAUGAAGAAGAUACUUUGUAUUAUUUCUUACUGAUCAUGUAUCCCUUUGUUAAUUUCGGCAUUUUUCUCUGUUUUGUUAUA